UUGUGUGUGUCGUGCAAUCGUCCAAUAAGAGACAGGUAUGUGAUGCACGUGACUCCCGAUCUAAACUGGCAUGACACGUGUCUUUCAUGCUCCGAGUGUGGCAAACGAUUGGACGAAAAGUUCACUUGCUUCGUGCGUGGAGGGAAAACUUACUGCAAGGAAGAUUUUUUCCGGUUGGUUGGCAUCCGCUGCUUCAAAUGCCGCCAGCCAUUUGGCGCUUCAGAUCUGGUGCUUGAUGGUGAAAGAUACGAGGGGAUCUUCCACAACGAGUGUUUCACGUGCAGUUUGUGUAACAAGCGGUACAACAACAUCUCUCCGACAACAACUUGCACAACACACAACCACAAACUCUCGCCAUCAUCAUCAUCACCCUCUUUACUUUCUACCUCAUGCUCAGCAACAAACAGCACAUCAGCAACAGGGCAACACAAAUCUUCUCAACAUUCCCGCAACAAACAUGGCGACGGUGUCAACAUUUCAAGCGGCAGCAGCAGCGUCAACAAAACGACGAGGGUACGAACCGUUCUGAACGAGAAACAACUGCACACCUUGCGAACGUGUUACGCCGCCAACCCUCGGCCAGACGCUUUGAUGAAGGACCAGCUGGUCGAGAUGACGGGCCUCAACUCUCGAGUCAUCAGGGUUUGGUUCCAGAACAAGCGAUGCAAAGAUAAGAAGAGGACCAUUCUCAUCAAGCAGAUUCAACAACAUAAUCAAGAAAAGGUUCGUCUACGAUGGAAUGUUUUUAAAAUCCUAUCUUGUACAUUCUGUCGCUUGAAAAACGAUUUCUAA